UACCCACUCUUCACCGAGGCUGCCCGCGAGGUCAUGAGCUUGGAGCUUGUCGACAGUCUUGGCAACCAGCUGGCUGGUAAUGUCGUCGUCGAUUUGGAUGAUGAGACGGCUACCGAUGGGAAGUUUCACUCGGUAGGACCCUUCGGCGUCUUUAGAGUCUUUGACGACCCUUUCGUACUAGACCAGGUCUCCGAUAGCAACUUCUCCCCACCUCUGCGAACAUCCUCUUCACCUCUUGGUAGCUCAGACUCGGGUUCUGUUCCCGAGGUGCCAGGGUACCCCCUCGAUGAUGAUAUCGAGGAGAUCAACGGAGAGCGCUGGGCAACCGAUCCCAUCCAAUCUGUCAUAGACCCUGCUCUUAUGCAGGACGCCAGUGCUGAGUUCGGAUCAUCAUCAUUUGCUGCGGAUCUUAACGAACUGGACAAUUGGAUGCAACUUGGCAUCCAGUUUGGUGUUGACCAAUUCCAGUCGUUCCCAUUUGACAGUGGCUUCAACAUGAGUCUGGCUGCAACGCCCCCCAGGUCCCCUCGCGACCCCUUCUUAGGCCAAGGGGUAUUAUCAUCACAUCCACCGUCAAUAAUACCCCAGGGGGGACGCAAGACGCCUCCAGUAGAACCCUCAUCCGGAAACGACACUGAAAUCCUUCCCGUCACGACUUCCACCAACCUUCCCUCUGGCCUGCUGGACACCAUACCAACAACGCUAAAUAGCAGCUUAUCUGAUGGCAUGCCCAACUUGCCAUCACAUACUGCUGUCCUCUUACGCUACCUCAAGACCAAGGUGUUGGAGGAUCCCUCAAAUACAAACUCGAGGAUGUCGCCUUGGAAGCUAAUGCUGCUACCGUGCGCCCUGGAGACGUUUGCCGAAAUGUCAUUAUGGAACACAACCUCAAAUACACGCUUGAGUAUUCUGUGUACUCUUCUUGCCAAGAGCGCAUUCCACCUGCAUCGAUCUCUCGGCAAGCACUCGGAAGCUGGUUCUCAGUGGCUGCAAGUUGCUAUUAGCCACCAAAGAGAUGCGCAAGAACAUCUCAAGGCGGCGCUUAGGACUGAGGUCGCAGGCGAGGGACAAGCUAAGUACACAGAGAUGCUCAUGGCCAUCCUGGGAGUGGGAGUGGUUUCUGUGUAUUUUGAUGGAGCUAGAGCAGUCAAGAAACUGCUACUUGACGCAGAGCGCCUCAUACGCCUCCGCGGCUUCCCCUCAACCAAAACCUUUGGUCUCCGGGUGCUGCAUCACAUGUACACUCACCUUAGAGUCAUCAUGGAAAGCACGAAUAUCUUUCCUUUGCAAAUAGGCAACGACAACAUGGACUCUUCCGAUCCCAGCCAGGUCAACAUAUCUGGCGCCUCUGCCGCUGCGCUAAGGAGGUUCCGUAUCAGCCCAAGUGAUCUUGGAGACCUGGACUUAAUGCGUGCCAAGCCCGAAGAUCUCGGAUAUCACGACAUUCAUCUCGAGGCCUCGGGAAUCUGGCCCGCUACCUUGUACCCGGACAUGUACGGCAUCCCCGAGUCCCUUAUGACGCUUCUAUCACAGACAAUUAGCCUUGCCAACGAAAAGCCUAAGUUGGAACUGGCGGCGAUUACAAACCCCUCCAUAGCCCUUUCCUUAUCCAACCAUAUCAAGACACUGGAACACCAGGUCUGGUCCUGGUCACCGCAGUCUUGUCAAGUUCCCGCUGGCCCUGCGCGGCCACAGGCUCUUGUCACUGACGACACACCGCCGCUCGAUAAACCGAUGGUUGAAGCACUCAUCCUGGCCAUGCACAAGGCCAUUAUUAUUUAUUUUUACCGCAGGGUCUACAACAUGAGCGUCAUGAUCGUGCAGGACCUCGUCAAGAAGACGCUGGAUUUCAUCCAGCCCUACAUCAGCUUGUUUACACACGACCAAGACUAUGCCAUCAGUAUCGGGUGGUCGACGUUUAUUGCGGCUUGUGAGGCUGCCACGCCUGAGUUACAGAAGCAGGCCUUUGAGUGCCUGGAGAUGAUGGAUGAUCGUGGUAUCUUUAUUGAGGCGGACAAGCCGAGCGUGGUGGCCAAGACGGUUUGGGAACGGCGAGAGGAGUCUGGGGAUUUGACAUUUAGUUGGCCGGGGUUGAUGGUACAGGCAGGGUAA